GCACGGCUAAGUACUGGCUGCCACUCCACUUUGAGCCAGACCUGCCCACCAUGGCCCUGGUGCUGAUCCUGCAGCUGCUGACCUUCUGGCCCCUGUGUCACCCAGGCAUCACUUGGACGGGUACCCAGGAAGCCCAAGGACCCAGCACGCCCAUUUAUUCAGUGCCCGAACCCUCACACCCCAAGCCCUGGCUGCGGGCUCAGCCUGCUGCAGUUGUGAGCCCCGGGGUCAAUGUGACCUUGACGUGUCGGGCGCCCCAACUCGCCUGGAGGUUUGUACUCUUCAAGUCUGGACAGACCACCCCCGUGCUGUCCCAGGAAGUGCUGUUCAGGCAGAUGGCGGAAUUCUUCCUGGAGGAGGUGACAGAGGUCCAGGCGGGCAGUUACCAUUGCCGCUACAGCAGUCUACCAUGGGUGCGGGGCGUCUGGUCCCAACCCAGCGAUGCCUUGGAACUGCUGGUGACAGACCAGCUGCCGCGCCCGUCGCUAGUGGCGCUCCCCGCACCGGCAGGGGCGCCAGGUGACACCGUGAGCCUGCGCUGCGCCGGCCGCGUGCGCAACAUGAGCUUCGUGCUGUACCGCGUGGGCGAGGCGGCGCCGCUGCAGUACCUGCGGGCCACUGAGCCCUGGGCUGACUUCCAGUUGCCCCGUGCACGCGCCCCGGGGACCUACACCUGCUACUACCACACGCUGGCAGCGCCCUACGUGCUGUCAGAGCGCAGCGAGCAGCUGGUCAUCAGCCUCGACGGGUCAGGCUCCUUGGACUACACCCGGGGCAACCUAGUCCGCCUCGGGCUGGCCGGCCUCGUCCUCAUCUCCCUGGCCACGCUGGUCGUUUGGGACUGGCGCAGGUGGCGUCGAGGCCCUGCUAGCGUCUGACCCUGAGGCUAGAGGACUGGAUCCAGACGCCUGCGGUGGAGACGACUUCUCAGAGAGGCUGGGAAGAAGCAGGUUGGCCCGGGUGGGCCUGGCCCUUCCAGGAGCCCCGCAGCCCUACCUCCUGGCUGGGCUGAGCUUCCUAAGUAUUGUAGUAACCACCUGUGUCCCGCGCUGUCCCUUCCUCUGGGUAAAUUCACCAGGACCUCUGGAUCUGGAGGAAGUGCGCUCAAGGGUUAAGGCUUCCAAGCCCGGAAGCUCUGGGUUCGAAUCCCAGGGCUGCUCCUCACCCACAUGCGACAUGUGGGUGACCUUUCCCAAGCCUCCCUGGCAGUAGCUGGAAAACGGGUGUGUUGUGAAUACCCACUUAUUAGGAUUUUAGUAGGGUUAAGUGGACAUGGCAUGCGAAGCGUUUCAAACA